AUGCUCGACUACUUUGCGAUCUUUACAAAGGGCGGCGCCCUGCUGUGGACGCUGCAGUUCACGGCCGCGCUGAAGCACAGCCCCAUCGACGCGCUCAACGCGCUUGUGCGCGGCUGCCUGCUGGAGGAGCGCGCGUCAGACGCCGCGUUCACGUACCAGCCCAAGACCGGCGCCGCGCAGUCCCUCAAGUGGACGUUCCACAACGGUCUCGGCCUGGUGUUUGUGGCGGCCUACCAGCGCACGCUGUCGCUGCUGUACGUUGACGAGCUGCUGGCCACUGUGAGGGACGCCUUCGCGACGGAGCACUACAAGCCCGGCGGCUAUGACUACUCAGCGUUCACACGCACGUUUGAGGCCACCCUGAAAGACUGCGAGGCGCGCUCGGACGCCUCGCGCCGCGCCGCCGCGGCCCCCGCGCGCGCCCCGGCCGGCGCCAAAGGCGGCCAGCAGCGCGGCGGCGCCGGCAAAAGCGGCGGCGGCGCCAUGGCCGGCGCGGCGCAACAAAGCGGCGACGCCGACGACGAUGCAGAUGACGCGGCGGCAAAGCCCGCGGCCGUCGGCAACGGCGCGGGCACGCCGCUCGGCAGCAGCAGCAGCGGCGACGAGGACGAGGGCGCGGCCAACAAGUCUGGCGGCGGCUUCGACAUCAGCAAGCUCAAGGCGAAGAGCCGCAAGGCGCUGGGCGGGCCCAAGGGGCGCUCGCAGGUGCGGCGUGGGACGCGGGAGGAGGAGGAAGAGAAGAAGCGGGAGACGGCGUCGCCCGACAAGAAGAAGAAGCAAAAUCGCCACUGGAACGGCGGCGCCGGCGGCGGCAGCGCCGACGACCUCCCUCGCCUCGACUACUCCGCAGCCACCGCCAACGGCGGCGCGAGCGCAGGCGGCGCGCCCCCCGCCGACGCGGGCGCGAGCCGCAUGGAGGACGACGAGGACGACGGCGCAGAGUGGAGCGACGAGGAGGAGGACGCGGCGGCUGGGGCGGGCGCCAACGGCAGGGGCGCCGGCGCGGCGGCGGCGGGGCCUGCUAAGGCGAAGGGCGUGCUGGGCAGCUUCAUGAGCAAGCUGGCGCUGAGGGUGGCGGGCAGCAGCGCGCUGUCGCGCGAGGACCUGCAGCCGGCCCUAGAGGACAUGCAGCGCAAGCUGAUGGAGCGCAACGUGGCGGAGGAGAUCGCCGUGCAGGUGUGCGAGAGCGUGGCUCAGAGCCUGGUGGGCCAGAAGCUGAGCAGCUUCACGGGCGUCAAGACCUUUGUGCUGCGCGCGUUUGAGGAUAGCCUGUCCGGAAUCCUCAACAAGCGGGCGGUGGAUGUGCUGCACGACGUGCAGCGCCAGCGCGCCAAGGGGCGGCCCUACGUGGUGGUGUUUUGCGGCGUCAACGGUGUCGGCAAGAGCACAAACCUCGCCAAGAUCGCCUACUGGCUGGGGCAGCACGGCCUCAAGGUGCAGCUGGCAGCGUGCGACACGUUCCGCGCCGGCGCAGUGGAGCAGCUGAAGACCCACGCCAUGCGCCUCGGGGUACCCCUGUAUGAGCGCGGCUAUGAGAAGGACCCAGCCAAGGUCGCUGCGGAGGCCAUCCGCGUCGCGGAGCGCGACGGGCGCGACGUGGUUCUUGUUGACACCGCCGGCCGCAUGCAGGACAACGAGCCGCUGAUGCGCGCCCUGAGCAGCCUGAUCCACGUGAACAGCCCCAACCUGGUGCUCUUUGUGGGGGAGGCCUUGGUGGGCAACGACGCGGUGGACCAGCUCGUUAAAUUCAACAGGGCGCUGCACGACCUGGCGCCGUCCACCGCGACGCGCGGCCACAUGAUUGACGGCAUCGUGCUGACCAAGUUUGACACCAUCGACGACAAGGUGGGCGCCGCGCUGUCCAUGGUGUACGCCAGCGGCGCCCCCGUCAUGUUUGUGGGCUGCGGCCAGACCUACGUGGACCUCAAGAAGCUCAACGUGAAGAGCGUCGUGCGCUCGCUGCUCAGCUAA